AUGGGUGUUAGAUUGGUUGCUUUUUUUACUGCUCUUGCUGUGGAAUGUGCUGCUUUACUAGAUCAGUCCAUUGCUGUUAAGGGGAAAUUGCUAUGUGGUGAAGCACCAGCGGCUAAUGUCCGAAUAAAACUAUGGGACGAAGAUGAUGGUCCUGAUCCAGAUGAUCUUCUUGAUCAAGGAUAUACUAGUGCUACAGGUGAAUUCAAACUCGAAGGCGGCACAAGUGAAUUAACAUCAAUCGAUCCUGUUUUUAAAAUUUAUCAUGAUUGUGACGACGGCAUAAAGCCUGGUCAACGAAAGGUUAAAUUCCAACUACCGUCGAAAUACAUUACUAAUGGAAAAGUAGCGAAAAAAGUAUUUGACAUUGGUACCAUCAAUCUCGAAACAAUAUUUCUAGUAUGUUUUUUUAUUUUUUCAAAUUUUUUUUGUCAUUCAGUCACUUAA